UAAAACUAAGUGGGUUUUGUUUUUAUUACCAACAUUAAAAUAAAUAUCAGUUUUCAAUACGAUAAAGUCAUUUUCUUGUACAAACAUGUUAAAUGAAGCAUAGAAAUAACAGCAGUUAUUAUUUGAAUGGAAUUAUAACCAUAAGUAUACACAUAUCAAUUAUAGUAUUUUAAUUUAAUGAUUGACUUCAUGAGUCAAUUAAAGCUAGAUCACCAUGAAAAACCUGAAAGCACUGGACGAUCGUUUCAUGUGACCUCUCAGUAGUGCUCAUCCACGAUCCCGCCCGGGAGAUCCGAACCUGGAGCUUAUCGGUCAUGCACGUGUACACGUAACCUCGAGACCACUGAAAGGGCAUCCAACAGUGCUAAUGUUUAACUUCAACCAAUCUAUUUAAUUGCACCACUGUCUACCACUGUAUUUAGUGAGUUACAAAGGACUCGGUUGAACUCAAUUGGUAUUCUUGUUUAAAGGCAGUAGGAUUUAUUCAUAAUUGUCUUCCCUAUUGAAACAAGAGUCAAAUAUACUUUCAAUUAUAAUUACAUGAUCAAACUUACCAAGAAAUUGCUGUUUAAUGUUUUCUUAUUGAAAGUAAACUCUUUGAAAUUUAUCAAGAAUGUUAAAACUUGUUUUGUUUUUUUAAUUAGUUGGCUUGCAGCAAUUGGUCUAAGUCUAGUAGCAAUAUCUUUUCCGCUUGGAAUUACAGCAACCUGUUUAUUGAAUACAUUAUGUCGUAUUAAACGUUAUGUUGAAUACAUUGAAGCACGUAAACAAAUGUUAGAAAGUCAGGUUACUGAAACACAUCCGGAUAAAGUUGUUUACAAAUAAAAAUAUUGAUCUUCAAGUUAGAAAAUAAGUUAAAGUAUCCUUGUGUACAUAAAUAUUCAAUAUAGAAAUAGUUACUAUAGUUCAAUUAUGAAUUCCUUCAAAUUAUUCUAUAAAACAUAUCAAAUAUGACAUUACAAUGUUCAAAUGUUGUAAGUGACAAAUAUUUUUUAAACGUUAGCAACA